AAAAUUGUGUAGGAUGCCCACAACCUUUAAGCAUUUCUGCUGAUUUCUGCUAAAAUCGUAGCAUUGUACAUCUCCCUAUUCAUCUCCACUUUAAGCUUAUCAGUUGGAAAGAUAUAUGUAUUCAGUAUUAAUUCAUCUCAUCUUAUUAAAAAUACCUCCUGCCAUGUGAUGUUUAUCUGAUAAGACACCUAAACCUGUUCGGUAUGAAAACUUUGACUCUGACUUUGUGGAAACUCAAGAAACGCGGAAUGAAUUUCGAUCAUGGUAAUCGUUAUGCAUUCAGGAAUAAGAUUCCCUCCAUCAGAUUUAUCUCAUCUGACAACUCCUUGGUAGACUUUGGAGUAAAAGAAUUCAGUAAAGGUCAGGCAAAGGAGAAGAACACUUCUGGACAUAAUGAGCGAGGUAAAAAUAUUGGACGGUGGUUUUUCUACACAAUUGACUACACACGUUGGACCAAACGUAGACGGGGAUCCUCUGUGGACAGCACGUUUUCUUGUUACUAAUCCUGAAGCUGUUUUUGCAACACAUCUUGACUUCUUGCGUGCUGGUGCUGAUAUAAUACAAACCAAUACGUAUCAAGCAUCUAUCACUGGCUUUGUGCAAUAUCUGGGGAUCAGCAAAGAAGAGAGUCUUCAAUUGAUAUACAAUGCUGUAGAUCUUACAAAAGGAGCUGUAGAAACAUACCUUGAGGAGAUAAAAGGUAAUGCCAAUGUCGUCAACCCAAAGCCACAGAUCGUUGGUUCAUGUGGUCCUUAUGGAGCUUCCUUGCACGAUGCCUCUGAAUACACUGGGUCUUAUGCUAAGGAUGUCACUGCUGAAUUCUUGGCUCAUUGGCAUAAACCACGUAUAGAAGCAUUAGUCAAGGGUGGAGUAGAUUUACUUGCUCUGGAGACAAUACCUUGUAAACUUGAAGCAGAAGCACUAAUUGAUCUAUUAAAAAGAGACUUUCCUAGUACAAAAGCCUGGCUUUCCUUUUCAUGUCGCGCGGAUGGAAAAAGUCUUGCUGAUGGUAGUAACUUUCAAGAAGUUGCAUUAGGCUGCUAUAAAAAGGCAUUAGUUAAUCAAUUAAUUGCAGUUGGCGUUAAUUGUCUUGCGCCACGUGCUAUUACACCAUUGAUUAAGGGAAUCAACAAUAAGUCUAGUACGAACCGUAUACCUCUGGUUAUUUAUCCAAAUAGUGGGGAAAAAUACUCAGUUCAAGAAGGAUGGAAAAAGGAAGAUGAAUGGUAUCCACUGGAACAAUUCAUUGAUGAAUGGUUGGAUCUUGGAGUUACGUAUAUCGGAGGAUGUUGCAGGACAUAUGCCAAAGACAUAAUUAGUAUACGGGAACAUGUAAGAAUUUGGCAGUCUAAGGUGAAUACCAGCAAACCCUAAACCAUAAACAAAGUUUUAGAGACAUCUACCUUGUUUAUUUUUAUAUAUUCAAAUAUACAUAUAUAUAUACUGUAUGACCAAAGAGAAUUUAAAGUUUACAAUGUUCGAAACUGUAACUUGAAUAUUUCAUAAUGAGUUAAGUGGUGACACUGAAUGAUACUCGUUGGACAUUCUAUACAAAACAAUUAUUUUUGUAAACCAAAAAAUAUAAAUGCUCAAAUUUUGUACCUUAAUCAAAUUUAGGAAAAUUCUACAUGAUGUUUUUUCCAUAACAUAUUUUUUAUAAAAUUUUAUUUGCAUGAUAAAUGUAUAUAUAUUUAAAAUAAUAAAAGUUUUUUUAACGGAA